CCCCCCGCCCCCCGGCCGGUCUGAGGCGGGGAUGCCGCCGCCGCCGGGCGCACGGAGCCGCCGCGCUGGGGCCGCGCUGGCGGGGCGCUGAGGAGCCGCGGGAGGGGCCGGGCCGAGCCAUGUCGGCCAAGGAGAACCCGUGCAGGAAGUUCCAGGCCAACAUCUUCAACAAGAGCAAGUGUCAGAACUGCUUCAAACCCCGCGAGUCGCAUCUGCUCAACGACGAGGACUUGAACCAGGCGAAGCCCAUCUACGGCGGAUGGCUCUUGCUGGCUCCGGAAGGCACCGACUUUGACAACCCCGUGCACCGAUCCCGGAAAUGGCAGCGCCGAUUCUUCAUCCUCUACGAGCACGGCCUCCUGCGCUAUGCACUGGACGAGAUGCCCACAACCCUCCCCCAGGGCACCAUCAACAUGAACCAGUGCACAGAUGUCGUGGAUGGGGAGAGCAGGACAGGGCAGAAGUUCUCUCUGUGCAUCCUGACCCCCGAGAAGGAACACUUCAUCCGAGCUGAGAACAAAGAGAUCAUCAGCGGGUGGCUGGAAAUGCUGAUUGUCUAUCCAAGGACAAACAAGCAGAAUCAGAAGAAGAAGAGGAAGGUAGAGCCCCCAACUCCUCAGGAGCCGGGUCCUGCCAAGAUGGCCGUGACCAGCAGCAACAUCCCCAGUGCUGAGAAGGUCCCUGCCACCAAGUCCACACUGUGGCAGGAGGAGAUGAGGGGCAAAGACCAAGCAGAUGGGAGCAGUAGCCUCAGCCCGGUCCAGAGCCCUGUGCAGAACCAGGCCGCACCUGCCAGCUCCCUGAAGGAACCUGUGCUAGAAAGCAAAGAAGACGAGAGCUCCAUGAACGGCGACCGACUGGACUGUGGCCGGAAGGCGCGUGUGGAGAGCGGUUACUUCUCCUUGGAGAAGACUAAGCAAGACUCAAAGUUGGAAGAACAGCAGCUGCUGCCUCCGCCAUCCCCUCCCAGCCCCAGCACCCCAAACAACAGGUACAGUUAUCCCAAAUCGCCUUCCCAGGAGCACGCCCGCCCCUUUCCUUCCCCAGGUACCCGAUCAGGCAGCCGAAUGGUUAACAGCUACUCCCUGAACUCCCUGGACUCGAAGAGCACUUGCCUCAUGCACAAGGACGUCAGCAGCCGAGACGGGGGACAGGGAGCAGACAAGUCGGGGCGCUCCCUUUCUUUUAAAGCCAGCCGGCAGUACGCCACCCUGGCCGACGUCCCCAAGGCCGUUCGGAUCAGUAACCGUGAGGCCUUCCAGGUGGAGAGAAAACGGCUGGAACGGAGGACUCGGGCCCGCAGCCCCGGCAGGGAGGAGGUGGCCCGGCUCUUUGGCAAUGAGCGGAGGCGAUCCCAGGUCAUUGAGAAAUUCGAGGCAUUAGAUAUAGAGAAUUCCGAGCACAUGGAAACUAAUGUGUUGCCAGGCUCUGCCCUCUCCAGUGAGACGCGCCAAGGCAGGAGUGAGAAGAGGGUUUUCCCCAGGAAGCGGGACUCCGAAACAGCAGCAGUAGGCUCCAUCCCAGAGGUCUCUGCUUCCCCUUUGUCUCCACAUCGUAGAGCAAAAUCACUGGAUAGAAGGUCCACGGAGUCCUCCAUGACGCCUGACCUGCUGAACUUCAAGAAGGGAUGGCUGACGAAGCAGUAUGAGGACGGGCAGUGGAAGAAACACUGGUUUGUGCUGACGGAUCAGAGCCUGAGGUACUACAGGGACUCAAAGGCAGAAGAGGCAGCUGAUUUGGAUGGAGAAAUAGACUUGUCUACGUGCUAUGAUGUCACUGAAUACCCAGUUCAACGCAACUAUGGCUUCCAGAUCCACACUAAAGAGGGGGAGUUCACCCUCUCCGCAAUGACAUCUGGGAUUCGACGGAACUGGAUCCAGACAAUCAUGAAGCACGUUCGCCCCACCACUGCUCCCGAUGUAACCAGCUCCUUGCCAGAAGAGAAAAGCAAAACCAGCUCUUCCUUUGAGACCUGCCCGAAACCAAGCGAGAAGCAGGACUUGGACCAAGCAGAGAUGGACCCUGAGCAAAAGCGGAGCCGGGCUCGGGAGCGCAGGCGGGAGGGGCGCUCCAAGACCUUUGACUGGGCCGAGUUCCGCCCCAUCCAGCAAGCCCUGGCGCAGGAGAGAGCCAGCACGGCGGAGUCUGCCAAGGGCGGCACCCCCACCUUCCCCAGGGAACCCAGCGUGUUGGACACGGACGCUGGGGAGCUGGAGAGGGAGCGCGCGCGGCGGCGGGAGGAGAGGCGCAAGCGUUUCGAGAUGACUGAUGCUGUUGAUGGGACGGGUUCGGAGGAUGCGCUGCGGAUGGAGGUGGACAGGGUCCCGGGCUUGCCCGUCACUACCGACGUCAAGCCGCAGAACGUUCACGUGGAGAUCGAGCAGCGGUGGCACCAGGUGGAGACGACCCCCCUGCGCGAGGAGAAGCAGAUCCCCAUCAUGCCCCUGCACCUGACGCACUCGGAGGAUAGGGAGGACAGGCUCUCCAAUCACCACCUAACCACGCUGCUAGAGAAGGAGCUGGAACAGAGCCAGAAGGAGGCACUGGACCUGCUCGAGCAGAACCGGCUCCUGCAGGACCAGCUGAAGGUAGCUCUGGGCCGGGAGCAGAGUGCCAGAGAAGGCUACGUGUUGCAGACCGAGGUGGCCGCCUCGCCAUCGGGUGCCUGGCAGAGGCUCCAUAAAGUCAAUCAAGAUCUCCAAAGCGAGCUGGAAGCCCAGUGCCAGCGUCAAGAGCUAAUCAAUCAGCAGAUUCAGUCCUUGAAACGUAGCUAUGGCGAAGCAAAGGAUGUGAUUCGGCACCAUGAAGCUGAGAUUCAGAGCCUGCAGGCCAGACUCGGCAAUGCCGCAGCGGAGUUGUCCAUCAAAGAGCAAACUCUGGCCAAGCUGAAAAGUGACUUGAAGAUGGAGAAGGAGAAAGCCAAAGAGCAGCUGGAGGAGUGGCAGCACAGUGAGACCACUCUGAGCUCCCAGUUAAAAGUCAGCGAGCAAAAGUUAAAGGCGGCAGAGGCGCUGCUGCUAGAAAAGACGCAGGAACUGAGGGACCUCGAAGUGCAGCAGGCACUGCAAAGGGACCACCAGAAAGAAGUGCAGAGGCUCCAAGAUAGGAUUGCAGACCUGAGCAUGCAGCUGAGCGCUAGUGAACGGGCCCGCAUCCUAAUGGAGGAGAAGCUGCAGAAGAAUUAUGAGGCUUUGCUGGAAAGCUGCGAGAAGGAAAAGCAGGUUUUAAUACAGAGUUUGAAGGAGGUGGAGGACAAGGCCAACGAGUAUGAGAAUCAGCUGCAAAACAAUGAGCAGCAAAUGGAGAUUCUUCAGAAAGAGAAGCUGAAUGCAAAAUGUGAAGGCAGCGAGAUCGUGCACCAGCUUGAGGAGCAGCUGGAGAUGAAGGAGGCCAGCAUCCAGAAACUGGCUGAGCAUAUUGAGGAGCUGGAAAGGGAGAGAGAUCAGAUAAAAUGUAGGUUCCAAGAGCUCAUGAAUCAAGUUGCUGAGUCUGAUAAUGAGGUUGCCAAGCUGCAGGCAAAGUUGAAAAUGGAAGAGACCAACUAUCAGAACCUGGAGCACUCGUAUGAGGAAGUAUCAGAUCAAUUCCAGAGCAUGCAAGAAGUGUUAAAAGAAAAGGAGGAAGAGCUGAGACAUGUGAAGGAAAUGCACUUGAGAAUUGUUGAGAAGAAAGACCAAGACCUCAAUGAGGCUCUGGUGAAAAUGGCUGCUUUGGGUAGCAGUUUGGAGGAAACUGAAGUGAAGCUACAGGCCAAAGAAGACGCUUUACAGAAGUUAGCUAAUGCAGGCUCAGGACCGUGUGCUGAAGAUGCAGAAGACUUCUGCACUAAUCUUGAGGCUGAUGAAAAUCCUAAUCCAGAACUGGGACAGCAUCUCCAAACUCGCGAUGAACUUCCAGGUUUGCAUUACACCCCAAAAGAUGAUGAUGAAGGUACUGAGACCAGCCAAAGGCAGGCUGCUGAACUCACCGUGUCAAGUAUGGAAGAACCGGUGUCUCCAUCCAAGUCUCUAGAGCUUCAAGACAGAGAUAUCGUUCAGAAAAUCUUAGCAAAGCCUGAGACAGGAUUUGUAGGUGCCAAAAGGCAAAGAAUCCGUUUCUCGAACAUCCAGUGCCAAAAAUAUAUCCACGCAGAUGGGUCAGAGAAGAACUGGACUAGUAGCACAUCUUCAGACACGAGCCAGGACCGGUCAUUGUCUGAAGAAAGCAUGUCAUCAGAACUGCCUCUUGGUUACCCGUCCUCAGGAGCCAGUGACUCGGAGACUUAUCUUUCAAUCAUCCAUUCCUUGGAAACAAAACUUUACAUUACGGAAGAAAAGCUCAAAGAUGUGACCUUGAAACUGGAAAGUCAGCAAGGUCACAACCAAGAGACCCUGAUAGCCCUUCACCAUCAGUGGGCCAGCACAGAGUCUCAGCUGAGGGAGCAGCUCCAAACGAGCCUGUCCCAAGUCAGUGCUCUGGUUUCGCAGUUGGAAACUGAGAGGCAGGAAAAGUUCAAGAUGGUAGAAAAUCAUGUUAGUGAGCUGGGGGAUUUCCAAAUGAAAAACGGCCAAGCACUGACCUGCUUGGAGAAAUGCCGAGAGCAGCUAAGAGCUUUGCCUAAUUCUGACAAGGAAAAAGAAAGCAAUUUGUUUCUUAUGACUCUGUCCAGCAUGGAAACCACCUUAGCAAAUGCAGUCCAAGUCUUGCAGGGAGCGCCCGUCUCACCUGAUCAUCAGCCGAGGGACAGCCGUCUAGCUGAAACGGCACAAGUAGAAGGAAGUUUGUUCGAUGAAGAGAAACAAGUUUCCCAGCAGCGUCAAGCUGAGAUGUUUGAUAGAGACCACUUGAGGUUGCUUUCUGAGAGAGUAGCAUUCGAAGCCUCCCUGAUCAACCAAAUAGCAGACUCUCUGAAAAAUGCAAGCUCUGAGAUUUCCCAGAUUCUCCAGGAGAUUCACGGGACAGCUGAGGUGGCGUUAUUAGAGCCAGCAAAUGUUUCUCACACAGCUAUUGCAUUGGCCAACCUCUUAUCAAAGAAGCUGUUACUGGAAGGUGAAUUCUGGAGCCAGGUAGAAGAACUGAGAAAGCACUUAGGCACCAAAGACAAGGAGGUAGAAGGCAAAAUGGAAACGGUUAGUUUUAGUUUUCCACAAUGCCUUGUCCACACGAUAGCAGACGCCUCAUUGAUCAGGGCAGAACUUGGUUUUGUUGCGCAGAAAGUGAGAGAGUCUUUUCAUCAGAGGCUAAAAACAAUUGAAGAAGACCUCCAUAAUACCAAAACCGCUCUCCAGCAGCAUAAAUGCAUGUUGGAAGAAAUCAUCAAAGCAUACAGGACCCCUGAAUUUGACAGGGUUAUGCAUCAAAUUUCUGAAGCGCUCGAGAUCCAAAAAGACGUUUCAGACCAGACCCAGGUCUGUUGGGGUGGGAGUCAUCCAGAAGUGGUGCUGCAUCAGGACCCAGUCAAGAUGGAGGAGGGCCAGAGUUUGACAGAGCAGAGUAGUGAAACUCUUGUUGCUAUUCAAGAAGAUCUUGCCCUACAGCUGAAAGAUAAAGCAAAUAUUCUUAAGGAAAUAUCUGUUGCCUUACUAUCCCUGUCCCCUGAGGAAGCCAUACAGGACUGUCAGAAGCUCCUGAAGGUUUCUCAGAGCAUGGGAGAUCUUGAACGAUACUCAUCUUUGUUAGUUCAGGACGCAGUUAUCCAGGCUCAGGUGUGUUAUGGGGCUUGCAGAGUUAGACUGGAGUAUGAAAGGCAGCUGAAGUUUUACAAAGAGUCCUUGCAAAACAUGGACACUCUGUGUCAGGAGCGUGGACAGGCUGUUGCUGUCCUUCGGGAGGAAUAUGAAGACUUGCUUCGAAAACAGCGGAGCGAAUAUGGCGAGAUGAUAACCAUCCUUGAAAGGGAGAACGCAGACCUUCAGGCAAAAGUGUCUCAGCUGGAGAACCAGCGGAGGUUGUUGGAGGAAGAAGAACACAAACGCAGCAAAAGCAUCAGCGAGUUAAAAAGCAGGUAUGAGGAGGAGAUACGAAAUGUGAUAGAGCAGUUGAACAGGACUGAGGACACUCUAAAGGCAGAGAGGGCGGAGGGCCUGAACCAACUCGAUGCCGUUGUCCGGGACAAGCAGGACAUGGAGAGGUACCACCUUGAGCAAAUGCAGACACUGGAGGACAGGUUCCAGGCCAAGGUGAAGGAACUGCAAGUCAUCCACAGCGAGGAGCUGCAGACCCUGCAGGAGCAUUACAGCCAGAACUUGCAGCGCUUGCAAGGAACGCUCGAUGACUACCAGCGCCAGCACCCGGAGGCCGUGCCCUCCCAGGGGCCUGGGACUGCGCGGACAGCAGAGCAGCCUAGUGGAGGCAUGCAGCUCUCCGAAAGCGAGCUAAACUCCAUGCAUGGGCUGAGGGAGCGCAUCCAGGAGCUGGAGGCCCAGAUGGAUGCCAUGCGAGACGAGCUGGAGAACAAGCACCUAGAGGGGAGCACGGCCACGCUGAGGGAGAAGUAUCAGAAAGACUUUGAGAACCUGAAGGCAACAUGUGAGCGAGGGUUUGCAGCCAUGGAGGAAACGCAUCAGAAGAAGAUCGAGGAUCUGCAGAGGCAGCAUCAGCGGGAGCUGGAGAAACUGCGGGAGGAGAAGGACCGCCUGCUGGCAGAAGAAACGGCUGCCACCAUCUCGGCCAUCGAAGCCAUGAAGAAUGCCCACCGGGAGGAGCUGGAGCGGGAGCUGGAGAAGUCCCAGCGCUCCCAGAUCAGCAGUGUCAAUGCGGAUAUCGAGGCCCUGCGGAGGCAGUACCUGGAGGAGCUGCAGUCAGUCCAGCGGGAACUGGAGGUCCUUUCAGAGCAGUACUCCCAGAAGUGCUUGGAGAAUGCACACCUGGCCCAGGCCCUGGAGGCUGAGAGGCAGGCCCUCCGCCAGUGCCAGCGAGAGAACCAGGAGCUCAAUGCGCACAAUCAGGAGCUGAAUAACCGCCUGGCUGCUGAGAUCACGCAGUUACGGACGCUGCUGACUGGGGAGGGCGGGGGAGAGGCUGCUGGCUCACCUCUCACGCAGGGCAAGGAUGCCUAUGAGUUGGAGGUCCUGUUGCGAGUCAAGGAAUCAGAAAUCCAGUACCUGAAGCAGGAGAUCAGCUCCCUUAAGGAUGAGUUGCAGACAGCUCUGCGGGAAAAGAAAUACGCCAGUGACAAACACAAGGAUAUCUACACAGAGCUGAGCAUCGUGAAGGCCAAGGCAGACUGCGACAUCAGCCGGUUGAAAGAGCAGCUAAAGGCGGCCACGGAAGCGCUGGGCGAGAAAUCCCCCGAGAACACAUCCGUGUCGGGCUACGACAUCAUGAAAUCCAAAAGUAACCCCGAUUUCCUGAAGAAAGACAGAUCCAGUGUUAGCCGGCAAUUAAGGAAUAUCAGGUCAAAGAGUCUGAAGGAAGGCUUGACGGUGCAAGAACGCCUGAAGCUUUUUGAAUCCAGGGACUUGAAGAAAGACUAGCUCUUUUUUUUUCCCCUCCCUCCCCUUCCCUGUUCAGCCCGAACACCCGCACCUGGCAGCUCACGGCCAUGCAGCACGAGCACUGUUUUGUUUCUUGUUCCUUUUGACCAUCGUCGCUGCUGUUGGUCUAGACACUCCUGAUCCGACUGGGCGUGGGUCUUCUCUGCCCCCAAGGGCUCUGUGCCUCCUCCUCCUGCUUCAUGAGAUGCUUCAGAGACUACGAGGGAGGAGGGGAUGGACCUUGGUCCCCUGCUGCUCUUUGCAGGAGAAUCCUUCCUUCGUUGAACAACCAUUAUUACACUAAGUGUCAGUAUUAAGGCUGGGCGCCUGUCGAUAAGCUAACUGUCGUACCGACUGCGGUGGGAUAGGCGCAGGGCCUGGGCGGCGCAGCCCUGAACUCGCUGCACUGCUGUUGCUUGAUCCUGGGCUCUGUGCAUGCCAGGAUCCUGACCGUGGAACUUGCCUCUUGCACUUCUGGGGAAAAGCCCACGGCAAAAGCAGCAGGAAGAGCAGGUCGGUUUGAGUUGUAAGCAGCCCUUGCGAUCGGGUUUGGGCCUGGGUCACAGCACUGAUGGCCACUAGCCCAGCAGAGCAGAGGGAGGGGUGUUGGUCGGGCUUUGUGCCCAGGUUCAGACAGUUACAGACAGAACGCCCAACAUUCAUCUGAAACACAGGCUUCAACGCAACGUGGCCCAAAGGCCUGCCGCCCUCCAUGAUCCUCCCUCUCAUCCCCGGUGCUGUCUGAGCAAUGUGCUACAGGAUUCAGCAGUCCAAAACCAGCCUAGCAGUAGCUGUCUAGCCUCUACCUACUGCCCCUUCUUCCCAUCACCCCUCAAAAGUACUAGGGCCCUUCCUCCAGUCUCUGGAGGAUGGAUGGAUGGAUGCUGACCACAAAGCAGAACCAGCUCCGGCUGUGGAAAUGCUCUGUUCAGUCCAAAUGCUGCCUUCUUUCACUUGGCCCCAGAAUCCUGCUCCUCCUGCCUACAAACGGCUGUAGUUGUGAUGCCACUUUGGGGCCACAUUUUGGAAUGAGUCACAAAAUCCUGCAUGCUCCCAACCGCAGCAGUAUCGUGGCUCCUGCCUACUCCUGAUGGAGGCUGGCUUAAAACAAAUGCAAGCCUGUUAAGCAACAAAGCAGGUGGGAGGGCAGGAGAUUGGAAACAGCUGAGGAGAUGGAGGGAACCCAGUAGCACAGGUGCAGCCCUGACCUGUGGGGCUCGGCAGCAAAGCAGCUGUUUUGCCAAGACCCCCUUGCUCCGCCUGCCCAGGACAGACACUAGCUCAGUCACUGCACUGCCAAUGACAUUCCACGUGCUGCCCCCCCAGCUCCUUGGUUUCAGGCCUGAUUUGACUCGGCAUAAGGACCUGUCCAGUGCAGGCCAGGAACCGCAUUUAAAUGCUGGUGCAGCACUGGGUUUCAACCCCGAUUUGGCCAUCUCGCAGUUUCAGUUGCAUCGUACUGUGCGUCUAAGAAUCUGCACCCUCCUCUAGGGACUGAAGCUGCUGCCUAGCUUUGAAACUGCAGCAUUUGGCUGGAACUCUGUUUUCACGGGCUGUGCUGAUUUCUGGCCUAAGGCUGGUGCUAGAGCUGGUUAAAGCUCUGCUUUCCCAGGGAGGGGAGUUGCUUUUGUGCUGCUAGGCCACGAUUGGUGUUUCCCUCCACCCCCCCCUUUUGAAGCCACUAGCCAGCCUUGCAUCUCUGCUCCAUGGUGGGAAAUGGGUUCUGUUGUCUCCCUCCCUGCCUUGGACCCAGACUGGGCUGCUGUGCUUGUCUGUGCAUCUAUGUAGGAUAGGCAAGGGAGGGCUGAAAUCCCCAUCUCUCCCUGCCCCCCACUCCUGGGGUGCCAUGCUGUGCCUAGGCAUGUUGGAGGCAGAGGGAUGUGGCGAGAUGCUGCAGCGAAGGGAUAAGAAGUGGGGAGACCAUGCCACACUGGACUCUCAUGACCCUUCCCCCUUCUUACCCCCCUGUCCUGUAACAGACUUUUGUGUGUUCUCCACACAGCCGUAGGACCUGACCCAGCCCUUUCUGCUCCCAGAGACUCUGGGGUCAGGCCAGCUGCCCAACCACCUUCCCGGACUAAUAGCCAAGAGUCUAAGAGCUGCUCCUUACGUGCUCACGACCCUGCAUGGACCAGCCCCAGUGGCAUGCAGCCUUGCCCCUUGUCUGUACUCCUCUCCUGCAGUGGAGAAGCACAACUUGCUGCCUGUAUUGGGUUCAGCAGGGACCCAGAGCUCUUCAGCUCUGGCGCUGAGCCAUGCAUGCCCACGCUGAGGUGUACCCGUUCUUUAGUACUUGCUGGCCCUAGAACAGACUAGGAGCUUUCCUUACCACUUCUUGCCAGUGUUUGGGGAAGAGGGACCUCAGGAUGGGCUGGUCCCUUUGGAUGUUCCCACCCUGUGUGCCCACCAUGCUGUGGCGAGGGUGCACCUGGCGGGGCCGGUGGUGCCGUCCGUGCUGUGACAGGCCGGAGCUGAGGCUAGCUACUGCCAGGGAGCUGGGUGGUUCACCUGCUGUGUCCAUUUACUGUAUAAGCCCUUGCGCAUGCAGCACAGCCGUUCAGCUGACGUGUACAAUAGCCAGCUUGCUCUUUCCCUGACCUUUCUAUUUGAGCAGCCACCAGAAGAGGAAGUCCUUUUGUUCCUAGGCUCCGUCCCUACCAGUCGGGGUUUGGCGGAUGUCUGCUCUGCUCCGUUAGCUUUCCAGCCCUGAAUUCUCCUCAGAGGAUUGAGCCUGUGGGAUCCAGGCUGGGGUCCUUCAGUGUUGUAACUUCUUCCCCACAAGGGUGCACUCGAAUGGAUGAACUCGAUACCUCCGAGCAGUGCACUCACCCUGAAGGGUGGCGGGAAGCAUUGCUUGCUUUUAUGCCAGCUGAGUUGGCUGUAGUGGAGAAACCACAUGUCAACCACUCCUCCCGUUACGGGCUCUUCUCUGCCCUGGGCUGUUGCAGUGACUGCUUUGCUCAGUGAAUUUGUUCAGAAUCUGCUAACUCUUGAGUGCAAAAUAAAGGUGCGUUAUGUCCCCCUUUUACAGCUGCACUGCCAAUAGCUGGAGGCCACAGGGUGAGGGUGAGGAGGUGGCGGCUAUAAACAGGCAGGGCUUGCUGCUGUGUGGUACACUUUCACUGAGCCUCAGGUGGAUCCUAACAGGGAUGAUUUUUGGAGGUGAGGGAAACUGAAGUCACCCUUCCUCUGCUGUACGCUUCAUCCCAGGGACUCUUCCUGAGGCUCAGGCCCUCAGCUUUGCCCAGGUAUUCUGAUUAAUGAGUCACUGGCAUCUGUUUGCUUCACUUGGGUUUCUGUUAGAUCCUGCUUUUAUAAUGCUAGAGGAGCUUGGUAACUAGCAGAGCUGCAGAGCCGUGCAGCCUGUCGUGGAUGAUGUUGCCUGGCACGACGAGGUGGCGAGCUGGCUUGGAGGAAGAGUUUGCAGUGUGCUGACUGGCGGUGGGAUGGGCUUCUGGACCAUGCAGACUGGGUCAGGUGCUCCAGCGGAGGCAACAAGGGAAAACUGAAGUUGAUAUGGGGACGCUUCCCAUCUUUGGACCCAGCAGGUGUAAAAGUGGGCGAGGACAGGGAGAAAGGCAAUGCAGGCUAGUGGAAGCACUCAGGUGGUGGAUGCUCAGUGCGAGGCAGGCAGGGAGAGAAGCGGAAGCAGCAACGAGCAAGCCGGGUAGCAAGAGGAAAGGUACUGGAGCAACGGCGGGUCCAGGGCAAGCUCAGAAAGCUUUCUGCUCAUGCUGUCCCAUAAUAACCCUGUGGCAUGCAGCUGGGUUGGGGGGGGGGGGGGGUCGGGGGUCGUUGGGCUUGUUUAGAUGCAGGGUCCCAAAACUGCUUAAGGGAAGAGGGUAUUUGAUUUGAUGGUUUCCUUAGCCCAUUAGUCUUUCCCACGUGAAUGCACUCCAAGCAAAAGGCCAUGUGCAUGGAAGUUUUGAAUAGGUUGCUUGAGGGAACGUGCGGUUCUUUGUAAACCCAGGACCCUGCAGACGAUGGGUAAAGCCCCAGCAGUAACUCUGGCUUAAACUAGCUGGCAUUUGCCCCUUAACCUCCCAGUGUCUUACUUCCUACUUUAUGGCAACCUUCAAUCAUCCUGUAACCUUGUCUUAUUGGGUCAGCUGUAAAAGGAUUUGCUCCAAGGUCUGCCAAGACUACCAGAUCAGCAGAAUCUGAACUUGUUGGAUCUGUCAGCAAAGGUUUUAUUACUGGGAAUCUUUAACUAAUACAUAUUGGCUCACUUUUCUGGACUUUAUUCUGCCUUGUAAACCUAGCUAGAUGUGCUGUCCCAGAGAGAGGAAACCACAGACAGGAGACACCGGCUGGAGACAGAAAAAAAGUGUGUUGCAAACAAGAGAAAGCUAAUUUAGAGGGAAAUCCACCAGGCAACACAUGGAGGAGUGGGUGGGAUCACCCUCUGAGGAAUAUUCUUAAACUUCUAGGAAUGUCUAACAAGCCAAAUAGAUGCUUUUCUUGCUGAACUUUGCUGUGUUAAAGUAUUUAACACCUGAACAGAGGUCUCUUAAAGUGCAGUUGUGGUGUUCUUAUAUACUGUCCCUUUUAAGAGCAGUGCGUGUUGAAGCUCGGCCAUCUCCAGAAGGGGAUUUGGCCCUUUUAAAAAUGUCUUUAUGCUCUGCGUGGGCCAAGCCCUCUGCUGUCGGGUGGCACGGGGAGCUGCACCAUCCCACCCGGCUGCGGCUGCAGCGCUCCUGGCUAGGAGCUGACAGAAUCUGCACGGCAAAAACCACUGUUCCUAUGGUUAGUUCAAGGAGGACGAUGUGGUGGGGCUCGAACACGUAUCCUUCCUCCCUCCCUCCGAAACGCUGUCACAAACCUUGCUUUCCUCCCUGUCUUUGGUUUUGAUGUGACAGCUACUUGACCCUUUCUCAAGCGUUAGACAGCGUCUUUUCCUGCGCUCCCAAAGGGCCUCCAGGUGCAGUAAACACAGGUCCUAAAACCGUCCCGUAGAGGUACAGGUCAAAAACAUGGUUUAAAGGGAAAAACAACCUUGCAGAAGUCUUGGCUGUGUGCAAGGCUCUGCGGUAAAGCCCAGUUCUUCCUGCUGCUUCAGGCUUCAGCCUUUCUCCAGAAUGAGAGCAAGCAGGGCUCCUCUAAGACCGACUGGGGAGAGGGCAGGAAGAACAGCAAGCAAAAUCCCCGAUUUGCCCCAAGAUUUCCAAAUUCUACUUGCAUUUUUCCAGAAGAGCAUCUUACAAGUGACUUCUCUGGCUGUGGCCAAGGCAUCCUCCCUAGGCAAUGGGGUGAGUCAGUCUCGUAGCUAUAUUGCUUGAAUUGCUCUUAAAGGGCACAGUAUAUACAUUGUGUGAAUAUAUAUCUAUAUAUAUUGCAAGCCGCUGCAUUUUACACAAUCCUCCACUAUGAAAAGUACUGAAAUGUGAGGUCUAGUAAAAAUCAAGUUCAAAGUAAACUGUAGAAACAUAGGCUCUUUCUGACUGCUUCCAAAGUUUUGUCUUUUGUGGAGAGUUUUUCCUGCCACUUUCCUUUUUGGAAAUAAUUAGAUUCACGUCCUUUUUAACUGUGACUUCUUCCCCUCUGUCCACAUAAGAAAGGAAAGAGAAAUUUGACAGACUUGCUUCAGAAACAGAACUUUGUGCCGAUGCGCAGAGCAAAAACAAACAAAACAAAGUUAUUUUUCCACAAUAGAAGUUGACUGGAACACACCACAGUCCUGAGCGUUGUGAAACACAUCACUUUUGUAGCAGCUGUAUACUUGAUUGGGAUUCCACUAGACCUUUGCAUUUUUGUGGUUCGUAUGCAGUACUUUCUUCAUUGUGAAUACUUAAGCACAUGCACGCUCAGUGUAGCUUGCCUUUCCUUUGUAAUUUUUCCAUUUUUUAAAAAAAAGCUUUGUUAUUCCUCUCUUUAAAAUAAUUUAAAACCUGUAUAGUAUUCAAAGCACGCAAUGUAAAUAUUUAUUACUCAGAAGUUAGUGGAGGGUUCUUUUUCUGUGACUAAGUUGUGUUUUUGUUUUUUAAAUCUUGUUCUAAUCCAGAUGUCCAGUUUGAGGUUGCAAGAGGAGAUCCGCGUGUAAUAUGUUGACCCCCCCUGUGCCCCCGAUAGAAUGUUUGGUUUUUGAUGACUGUUAUAAAUAUCUUUUAAAACGUCUCUGCUGACCUACACUUUCAGUUUUGAAGACACCUGUCCAAAGAACGUGUACAGUGUUUUGAGAACUGUAACCUUACAGCACUAUAAAUUGUUUUUUCCAUUCAGAGAAUUCAGUAAUCUUGUGUUCAACAGUGGCAUUAACAUCCUGUGAGCGUGCAAAACUGCUAGCUAUAGAAGUAGUAACUACUUUGUGCCUAGAGCAUACGCAAGGAUCCUUGCACGGUAACAUAGGACUGUUGCAGCGAGUGAAUGAAGGAGCUUAGGGCUCAGUCUGUGAUUGUGUAACUCGUGCAGCAGCAGUGAAGCUACUCUGUAAGGCCGUAUGGAAUUAAGGGAACUACAGACCGAUCUGUCUCCUAGCUGUGCAGUUACGUAUUGUACAACAGCAUGGAAUUUACUGUAACUUCCGAUAUGUAAGGAACUGUCUUAAAAUAUAACUUUCAGUACAAUGUAGUUACUACUGAGUUGCACUUACGAUGCGAUCCCCUAUCACUGUAUUACGAAGCCUUUUCUAGGAACGGAUGCAAAAAUAGUUGAAAGACUGGGGAAGGACACUCGAUAGUAACAUGGGCUGAAACCAACCAACCUUUGUCAGCUCGCCCUAGUGCUUUAUCCCGUCUCAGCCUGCACUUUAUUAGACUACUAGAGGAGACUGAGGGUGUGGGUGUCCACUAGCCGAAGCCUGACUAGUGAAUUGAGUUGGUACUGUCAGAACUAACCCAGCUGGCCACUGACCAGUAAUAGUUUACUGCAAUCACAAGCAAUUAUUUCCUCACUUCUCCCAUCUUCCUCACGCCAUAAUUGUGUGUUCGAUGGGACAGGAACACUGACUUUUUGUUCUAUCUAUAGAGAGCAAAAUGUGUUGUAAAAUACUAAAGACUUUGGUAUGUAGGAAAUAGAUAAGGAUUCUUAGGCUCUGACCCACAUUCACCCUCUUGGGACCUGGAGUUCUGGGGUGACUUGAGAUUACGAGAACUAAUUUUUCUGAACUGAUAGGGGUUUUUGGGGAUAACAGGGAGUGGGAGAGGGAAAUGUGGUUUUGGGUGAUACCUGCGUAGCGGUCACAAUAGACACAAGUCCAGACGAUGUUUGAUCUUCCUCACCCUCACACUGCCAACGCAGUUGGGACUGAAGCUCUGCUUUGGCUCUUGCGCACACCUUUGGUCAGCUGCCCAGCCACAACUGGAAGAGCCUGAAAAGUGCACCCUCCAUGACCAACUGACUUGCAAGAGCUUCAGCCCUGGGGCAGAUGGAAAGAAAUCCCAAGGAGCUGUGCCUUAUGGUGAUACCCCGGAGUCCACUACAAGGUGACUACGUUUCUGCAGUGGGACAAGACGAAGGCAGCCGCCACCUGAUCUGCUCCUUGGCUGAGUGGCAGUAAUGACAGCAGAUAAAGCCCUGAGGAGCAUGUUGCUGGUGAAUGCUUUUGAGGGUGGCGUACAAAUCGGAGUAGAUCUGGUGUGGUGAGGAGGGAAGUGGCCACGCAUUCUAAAAACCCAACCACCGGUGCUGCAGAUCUGAAUGGUGCAAGGUAGGGUGAGGGGGCGGGGGGAGGGCUGGGGACUGCACCUGUCUGAGGAGUCACGUGUUAGACUUGAUCCAUGUCCUCUUGCAAAGGGGAAUGUGUGUUUGUUUGAGGCUUCUGUUUUACUGAGUAUGAGCAGGAACUUCUCCCUUUCCUCCCCCCCUCUGGUUUUAUUUCAGUGCUUUUUUAAAGCCACUGUUCCCAAUCAACUGUUCACUGUAAUAGAAGUGUCACUUUUAUCACAAUAUUUAUUCCUUACAAAUCCUGUGUGACAUGCUAGGUUCCCAUGGAUGUAGCUGAUCAUUUUUAUUUUGUAAAUAUAAUUACCUAACUUUACAUAAACUAUAUCGUAAUAAACUAUUUUUGCACCACCCUUUG